CUCUCUCUCUCUCUUUCUCUAUCUCUAUCUCUCCAUUGAACCUUCCCGUUCUUCGGCUUUGCUCCUUUCUCCUCCUCUGAAGACACAGACAAAAGACAACAAAUCUAUGUAUUUUUUUCCAAGUAUGUUGAACGGAACGGAAUGAAGAUAUAGCCCGACUAGGGUUUUUUGAUAAUCUGCAAUAAUUACGAGAUCUUUCACUUCGAUUUCCUCUAAUGGGGACGCCAUUUGCUGGCGUAGACGGCGGAGGAGGAGGAGGUGUGGCAGUAAUGUCUGGGCCGGUUAACCCAAUCGAUCCUUCUACGCCUUCGAAAACUUCUGUCAAAAACUCUGCUCUUAAAUCUCCAAUUCUUAUCUUUCUCUUCUUCCAUAAAGCUAUUAGGUCUGAGCUCGAUGGCCUCCACUGCGCCGCCAUGAAUUUCGCCACCGCUGGUGGAGAUAUUAAGCCGUUGCGCCGGAAGUAUCACUUCUUUUGUGCGAUAUAUAAGCACCACUGCAAUGCUGAAGAUGAGGUUAUCUUUCCAGCUCUUGAUAUACGUGUUAAGAAUGUGGCACGAACAUACUCUCUUGAACAUGAGGGAGAAAGUGUUCUUUUCGACCAAUUAUUUGAGCUUCUGAAUUCCAAUAAACAAGGUGAAGAAACCUUUCGCAGGGAGUUAGCUUCUCGUACUGGAGCUCUUCAAACAUCAAUUAGCCAGCAUAUGUCCAAGGAAGAGGAGCAGGUAUUUCCAUUGCUGAUUGAGAAGUUUUCAUUUGAAGAGCAGGCUUCAUUGGUUUGGCAGUUUCUGUGCAGCAUUCCUGUUAAUAUGAUGGCAGAGUUUCUUCCUUGGCUUUCUUCCUCCAUAUCAUCUGAUGAAUAUCAAGAUAUGCACAAGUGCUUGUGCAAGAUAAUCCCUAAAGAGAAACUUCUUCAUCAGGUAAUUUUUGCCUGGAUGGAUGGUGCAAAAUUGUCUGUGUGUACAAGUUGCCAAGAUGAGUCUAAGGCCUGCUAUCAAGAUUCAGGUCCACCAAUCCUAAUCUGUCAAAGUGAGAAGACACAUUGUGCAUGUGAAUCUUCUAGACUUGGUAAAAGGAAAUAUAUGGAGCUAUCUUCUGAUCCUGCCAAUUCAACUAUGUUCCAUCCCAUAGAUGAAAUUUUGCUUUGGCAUGCUGCAAUAAGAAGAGAGUUGAAUGAUAUAGCUGAGGCUGCUAGGAAGAUACAACUUUCUGGGGAUUUUUCUGAUCUGUCUGCAUUCAACAAGAGGCUGCAAUUCAUUGCAGAAGUUUGCAUAUUUCACAGUAUUGCUGAAGACAAAGUUAUAUUCCCUGCUGUAGAUGCAGAACUCUCUUUUGCCCAGGAGCAUGCAGAAGAAGAAAUUCAGUUUGACAAACUUAGGUGUCUGAUAGAAAGUAUUCAAAGUGCUGGAGUUAACACAUCUCUUACUGAAUUCUAUACAAAGUUGUGCCUGCAAGCUGAUCAUAUCAUGGAUACCAUACAGAAACACUUCCAAAAUGAGGAAGCUCAGGUUCUCCCACUUGCUCGAAAACAUUUUAGUGCAACAAGACAAAGAGAACUUCUUUACCAAAGCUUAUGUGUGAUGCCUUUGAAAUUGAUUGAAUGUGUCUUGCCAUGGUUGGUGGGAUCACUUAGUGAAGAAGCAGCAAAAUCUUUUCUUCAAAACAUGUGCAUGGCAGCUCCAGCUUCAGAUUCUGCAUUGGUUACACUCUUUUCUGGUUGGGCUUGUAAAGGUCGUCCUAGGAAUACUUGUUUGUCUUCAGGUGCCAUUGGUUGUUGUCCUGCAAGAAUUCUGACUCGAUCUCAGGAGGAUUCCAAACAAUCAUUCUGUGAGAGCAAUCCUUUGUUAUGUACAAGUGAAAAGUUUUCUUGUACUCAAGCAGAUGAAGCAGAUGAUAGUAAAAGGCUAGUCAAGCGCGGAACUGGAAACCUGGAACUACAGGAAGACAGUGAUGCUUGCCAAUCUGUAGGGACUUCCAACAUCUCCAGAUUAUCUUGUAAUACUAAGUCUUGCUGUGUCCCUGGGUUAGGAGUGAAUAGCAUUAAUCUAAGAAUUAGUUCUCUUGCUGCAGCAAAAGCUCUGCGUUCCUUAUCUUUUAGCCCUUCUGCUCCCUCUCUUAACUCUAGUCUUUUCCACUGGGAAACAGAUGCAAGUCCCACUGAUAGUGCUUGUGCUUCACGGCCAAUUGAUAACAUAUUUAAGUUUCAUAAAGCUAUACGCAAAGACUUGGAAUAUUUGGAUGUUGAAUCUGGAAAAUUAAAUGAUUGUAAUGAAACUUUGCUUAGGCAGUUUACUGGUAGAUUUCGUCUGUUAUGGGGUUUAUACAGAGCCCACAGUAACGCAGAGGAUGAUAUAGUGUUUCCAGCAUUAGAGUCUAAAGAGACACUUCAUAAUGUUAGCCACUCGUAUACUCUGGAUCACAAGCAGGAAGAGAAACUAUUUGAAGACAUCUCAUAUUUGCUUUCUGAGCUUACACAACUUCAAGAACGUUUGAAGAGUAACAGUCUUUCUGAGGAAUUAACUGUAAAAUUUUCCGGUUCUUCUGAUCACAAUGAUGCUUUUAGAAAGUACAGUGAGCUUGCGACAAAGCUUCAGGGCAUGUGCAAAUCCAUAAGAGUAACACUGGAUCAACAUGUUUUUCGAGAAGAGCUUGAGUUGUGGCCUUUAUUUGACAUGCAUUUUUCUGUGGAGGAACAGGAAAAGAUUGUUGGUCGAAUCAUUGGUACUACAGGUGCAGAGGUGCUUCAAUCGAUGUUGCCGUGGGUAACUUCAGCUCUUACUCAGGAGGAGCAGAAUAAAAUGAUGGACACAUGGAAAAAUGCAACUAAAAACACAAUGUUCAGUGAGUGGCUUAAUGAAUGGUGGGAUGGUACUUCUGCUGCAUCUUCACAAGUGACAUCAUCAGAGAGCUGUAUAUCACUAGGCACUGAUCUCCAUGAAAGCCUGGAUCAUAGUGAUCAUACAUUUAAGCCUGGCUGGAAAGAUAUUUUCCGGAUGAAUCAAAAUGAGCUUGAAGCAGAGAUAAGAAAAGUUUCUCGAGAUUCAUCUCUUGAUCCAAGAAGAAAAGCAUAUCUAAUUCAAAAUCUAAUGACAAGUCGUUGGAUAGCUGCUCAGCAGAAUUCACCUCAAGCAAGAAAUGGAGAAUUUUCAAAUGGUGAAGACUUACUUGGAUGCUAUCCUUCAUUUCGUAAUCAAGAGAAACAAGAAUUUGGGUGUGAGCAUUACAAAAGGAACUGUAAACUCCGAGCUGCCUGCUGUGGCAAGUUAUUCACAUGCAGGUUCUGCCAUGACAAAGUCAGUGACCAUUCUAUGGACAGGAAGGCUACAUCUGAAAUGAUGUGUAUGCGCUGCCUGAAAAUCCAGCCUGUUGGACCAGUUUGCACAACACCUUCUUGUGGUGGUUUCUCAAUGGCAAAGUACUAUUGCAGUAUCUGUAAAUUUUUUGAUGAUGAAAGGAAUGUUUACCAUUGCCCUUUCUGCAAUUUGUGCCGUGUUGGAAAUGGACUUGGUGUUGACUUCUUUCAUUGCAUGAAGUGCAAUUGCUGCCUGGCAAUGAAGUUAGUGGAUCAUAAAUGCCGAGAGAAAGGUCUAGAAAUAAAUUGCCCCAUCUGCUGUGACUUCUUGUUCACAUCAAGCUUAAGUGUGAAAGCUCUUCCUUGUGGCCAUUUCAUGCAUUCAAAUUGCUUUCAGGCAUAUACGUGCAGUCAUUAUAUCUGCCCAAUCUGUAGCAAAUCUUUGGGAGAUAUGUCGGUUUACUUUGGCAUGCUUGAUGCUUUAUUGGCUUCUGAGGAGCUCCCAGAAGAAUACAGGGAUCGUUGUCAGGAUAUACUUUGCAAUGACUGUGACAAGAAGGGUACGGCACCAUUCCACUGGCUCUACCACAAGUGCAGUUUUUGUGGGUCAUAUAAUACCAGGGUGAUAAAGGCUGAUGUAACAAAUUCAGUCUGCUCAACUUCGAACCAAUGAGCGCAUAGAUGUCUUAUAGCUGAUGAAGGUGUGUAAAUACCUGAAUGAGUCCCAACCAUUACAGUGGCUUUGUAUAUCAUAUGCCUUUACAAUAGUUAAUUCAAUCUUUCAAUUUUUUCCCUCAAGCGCGUAUUAUACCUCAAAAGAUUUGUCUGCUGUUUGUUAUAAUCACCCUUGAUGGAUAUGAUGGUAAAUAUACUGCAAGCGGUGGGGAAUAGGAAAUUUUUGUUUCCAAA